AAGAAGACCCACGAAAGAAGAAACUAGGAGCGUCUGCUAGAGACACCUACUGGCUGAAACCAAAACAAAAUAUUUGGGUUUGAUGUUUAUGGUUUCGAUCGCGAAAAUUUAGUGAUCGCCCUGCUCUCGUGCUCUCAGCCAAGGCGUGCGCCCGCGUCGCAGCGUAGCGUUUUCCGCGUGUGUAUUUCGUUUCACGUGUGCGAAUCUGGCGUUGACAUCGCAGCGCGACUAGUGACUGCGUCGCAGAAAGGGAAGGGCGAACAGCUUUCUGGCAUGAAGUGGAAAGAUACGUGAGUGAAUCGCGUGGUGACACUUGGCUCUGGGACUUGGACUGGCACUGUCAGCAGUUGGGCUGCGAGUGCUUUUCUUCUGGACAGACAGUCUCGACAAAUAAGCCAAAAUGUUCACGGGGCUGACGAAUCAAAUGAGCGGGUGGAUGGGGAAUGUGGUGAAGAAAGGGGAGGGAGAGGCAGCCAAACCUGAAGACAAAGUGGAACCUGCUGCAGAGGACCUGGCUGCAGCUACAGAAAACAUUGAGGCUGCCAAGGAUGCAGCAAGCCCCACCAAACCCGGCGGCCGCCUGGAGAUGCUGUCCAACGUGAAGAGUCAGAUGUCGGGCUGGCUGGGCUCGGCGUCCAUCCCCUCCAUGCCCGCCAUGCCGGCCAUGCCCGCCAUGCCGGCCAUGCCCGCCAUGCCCUCCAUCCCCGGGCUGCGGAAGGGUGGCGACGACCAGGCCGCGGACGCCGCGCCCACCACCGUCGAGUCCCCCGCCUCGGAGAAGUCCGUCAAGGGCUCCCCCGGCGAAGCCAAGGACGACGACGACGAAUCGAGCGCGACGGGCGGCGCCGACAGCAACGCCGAGAUCUCGGACAACGAGGCCGAGGACUUGGAGAAGGACGGCGCCGUCGGCGGAGUCUCCACCAAGGCCAUCCAGGGCGCCAAGUCCUUCGGCGGCUUCCUGUACUCGGCCGUCAGCAAGGCCGGUGCCAAAGUCAGCGAGGCCGGCGCCAAGAUCAAGAAGACCGUCGAGGAGAACGUUAACAACGGGUCCAUCCCCACCGGGUCAUUCAUUGACAACCUGCUGGGCGACUUCAACAAGGAGCAGGAGGCUUUCAUCAAGGACAAGAACAGCAAAGGCUCCGAGGCGGCCGUGCCGCCAUGGGUCGGCUGCCCCAACGAGGAGUCUCUAAAGGAGGAGUGCCUGUCGCUGUCCACGGAUCGACGGAAUUUCGUGCGCAGUCCACCCGCGGGCGUGGAGUUUAACUUUGACUACGAAGUGACGUACCCAGUUGCCCAAGCUAUUUUAGCAGAAGAUCCAAACCUUGAGAAAAUGAGGUUUGAACUGGUCCCCAAAGUGAUCAAUGAAGAAAACUUCUGGCGUAAUUACUUCUACCGAGUUAGCCUCAUCUGCCAAGCAAAUGAACUGUCGUCCAUGGCCAAAGAAGGGGGUGCCUCAGCUUCUCGCACCAGCAGCACAGAUGCUGAGCCUGCAGCUGCACCACCUGUACAUGUGGAGGAUCCCUUAUGCUACAUGCCCGAGUCUUCUACCAAUGCUGAGAGUCCCACACAUGAGUUUGUGUCAGACACUUUUGUAGCAAGCUCUCAAGACUUAGAGGAAGUACGAGAAGGCAUGCGUAUACUCGGCUUAGAACCUGUGCAUAAAGAAGAAGAUUGGGAGAAGGAAUUGGAAGCAGAACUGCAGGAUUAUGAAGUAGUCGCAGACAAUGACAGUCAAAACACACAUUCCAGUAACUGGGAAAACCAGAUUGAAGAUAUGUUGGAUGAUGAAACAGAUCUGAAGUAGUCUGUUAUUCUACAACAGUUGGUUGUAUUGUCUACCUUCUUUUAAGUGUUGUCAAAAUAUCUCAAGUUUAUUGUAUCGUUUGCUGUGAGUUUAUUGUGAGCCUUGCAGCAAUUAUGUGUAUUGUAUGUACUCCUACUAACUGAACAGAGGAUUCCUGAAUCAAUCAGCCAAUACUACAAUUUCCAGUGCAGUGUUGAACUGUGUUGUCACUUUUCUUGUUGUGAGGGGAUUUUUUCCCCUGUUUUUGGCGCAGUUAUUUUAUUAUUCAUUUUAUCUGGUGUUGGGGUGGACAUGCAUUUCUUCAUGGAUAAGAAUGCAGUGGAUAGUAAUCUAAAAGUUCUUAAGUUCUGACUGAAACGACUGCUUAAUCCAAGCACUUUGUCCAAACCAGUAUUGCUGCUCCAUUCUCUGGAUCUGCAAUGUCAGUAUUUCUUUCCCAGCAAAAGAUUUGCUUUAGCAUAAGAUAGAAAUCACUCACAUUCUGAAUAAGAAUUUUGUGCUACCUGUCAGUUAGUAUUGACACUGAGUUGAGAAAUAAAUUAGGUAUGUAUAGUAGUGUGAAGAAACACCUCACCCAAAGAUUUGUCAGGUAGUUAUAUUUUUAAGAGCUUUCAAUAAUUGUUCCAUUUGAUUCCUUUUGAGUUUUAUUCUUGUGCGUUUGGCUGGCUUUUGAGUUUAUCCCUCUUGACUGGAAAAGUUACAAGAAAAGCUACAAUAAAAACAUAAAGUUUGAAAAAAAAAAAGGUUCUACCUCUAUGUAUCUGCUAUCCUUUUGCCUUUUCUCUCUAUGAUCAACUGUGCAUAAGAUAUAUCUUCUAUAUGACUGAACGUUUAACAAAUUAUCAAAGAGUGUUGAUCUUUAAAGGACUAUAGUAUAAAUAACAUGUAAUAGCUGGCCUGUAGUUACAAUGUAGACAAGCACUGAUUCAAGCUUGUAGUAUUUGCAUACAUGCUGUAAUCAUGUGCUUCAAUGUGAUUAAAGCAAAUAUUUUUCUUGCUUGCUGUGGUCUUUAAAAAGCAUACCAAACUGAGUCAAUAGUUUGCAUUUGCCGGUGCAUUUUGAAUGGGUAUCCACAUCCUCCCAUAUCAUAACAUACUCGUCAAUUUGAUUUCAUCUAUUAGUAGCUUUAUCAGAUAUUCACAAAACUUUGCAAAUUGUUGUCUUUCCAAUUUUUCCCACCUUAGGGUUCCAUAAUGUUCAUUGUCUAUUGUAUACCUGUUUCCUGUGAAGGAAUAUCUUACUGUGGAACGACCUAAAGUUAAGAAAGAUUAUAAAUUGGCUUACCAAGUGCAAUAUUUUUCAAGGUGUCAUCUUAUAUUUGUAUAGCUUUUUGAAGAACAGGACAGCCUUAUCAGAGGCAUGUGUUUAUUUGACCUAAAAAAAUGUCUUAUUAUUUAUUUGUAAAGGUAUCGUUUUUAAGUGGUGAGAUACAUUCCAAAGGCCCAAUGCCUCUGUGCAUGUGCUAUUUGUGUAUCAUACAUUAUUGUCUAAUUCCCUCUGCAUUGCCAAGCGAAGUAAAUUUUCUUAGAAAUCUUUAUCCUUGGCUAGUUAAGCCAAGCUUAAAAGUGUUUGUGUAUAUCACCUGUAAAAUUCCACUUUGAAGAGCGUUAGUUGGGAGUUAGCAAUAAGGAAGUAAAGUUGUGAUCAAGUCAAUCUACAAAUCCUCUUUGAUUUUUUUCCCCUUAGAUAUGGUUAUCACUUGCUAUCUGCCUUGUAUUUUAUGGAGAAAAGGUCUCUGUGCAGAUUUGCUGUUUGCAAUUAUGUCAAGUUAGUGCGUGCUGAUGUCUGCAAUGUUUUCAGAUUGUUUGUUUGUUGGGUCUUGUACUUACAUUUUUAUGUAACUACGAAUUUCUUUUCUCAUACUUUUAUCUUGUUGGGAAUGCAUUUGAAAAAGGCUUUUAAAAGUCUUCAUCUUAUUCUUCUGUAAUCUGCAGAAAUCAGUUUUCUUUGUAGGUUUGAAAUAUGCACUAUGGUUAAGGAGUUACUUAUCAGCCUACCUGAGGUUUUAUUUCAGCAUUACGUUAUUUUAAUUUUGUACUUGAUUUUGUUGACUUAAGCAUUACUUAUGCUAUAUUUUUAAAACAAUAAUAUUUUUAGCUUCAACAUUAUUUUUUUGUUUGUACAUAAUGUGAAAAGAUGUAGUGUUUGAGAGUCAAUGGUUUCAAGUCUGUUAUGUUUAUAAAUGUAUAUUAUUUAUCCUGUUAAAUAUGCAAAUCUACAGGCACACUGAUGUGAUGUGCUGUGAAAUGAAUGAAAGUGGUGAUCAUGGAGUAUUUUGUUGAAUUAUGUUAAUAUGUUAGGAUUAACUUAAAAGUUUCAGAGGAUAUACAUUACGGUGGUUCUUCUUGGUCGGUAAUUGAAGCCUCUCAUGUUUUGCAUAGUUUAGCAGAAUACCCACUUAGGCCUAUACAAUAAAUACGUUGGAAAGCAGAGAAUGUGUAUUAGACAGUCAUAUAUGGAAAUCAAUAAAGAACAUAUGCCUAUUGA